UGCCGGCGGCAGGAAUGAGUCCUAGGAGGCGCUGGCUGCCUGGUGGCUUCGAGGAGAGGCGGGGGCUGCAGGUGGCUUCUUGGCAGAUGUUUUGUUGUCCUUGAACAUUGGCGCAUUUGGAAGCUCUGGGAAAGCUUAGCCAUCAGUAUGUCUAAGUACAGACUGAUUAUGUUAAGACACGGGGAGGGUGCUUGGAAUAAGGAGAAUCGUUUUUGUAGCUGGGUAGAUCAGAAGCUCAACAGCGAAGGAUUGGAGGAAGCCCGGAAUUGUGGGAAGCAGCUCAAAGCCCUCAACAUGGAGUUUGAUCUUGUGUUCACAUCCAUCCUUAACCGCUCCAUCCAUACUGCCUGGCUCAUCCUAGAAGAGCUGGGGCAGGAGUGGGUUCCUGUAGAAAGCUCCUGGCGUCUAAAUGAACGCCACUAUGGAGCUUUGAUUGGUCUGAACAGGGAGAAAAUGGCUUUGAAUCAUGGAGAAGAACAAGUGAGGAUCUGGAGAAGAAGCUACAAUGUGACUCCACCACCCAUUGAUGAGACCCAUCCUUACUACCACGAAAUCUAUAAUGACCGGAGGUACAAAGUGUGUGAUAUACCAGUAGACCAACUGCCGCGGUCAGAAAGUUUAAAAGAUGUUCUGGAGAGACUCCUUCCCUAUUGGAAUGAAAGGAUCGCUCCUGAAGUGUUGAGUGGAAAAAAUAUUCUGAUAUCUGCUCAUGGAAACAGCAGCAGGGCACUCCUGAAACAUCUGGAAGGUAUCUCUGAUGAAGACAUUAUCAACAUCACUCUUCCUACGGGGGUCCCCAUUCUCUUGGAACUGGAUGAGAACCUGCACGCUAUUGGGCCGCACCAGUUUCUAGGUGAUCAAGAGGCCAUCCAAGCAGCUAUUAAGAAAGUAGAAGAUCAAGGAAAAGUGAAACAAGCCAAAAAAUAAAGUCUUUCUCCAUUGCUGGCAGGGAAUAAUUCAGAAGGAGCAACUGAGACGUGUGAUGGGUGCUUAUCAGAGUUUUGUUGUUGUUGUUUUUUUCUCCCGUGUUUUACCAGAUUUUUCUAAAGCUAGGCUCUGGGAUGGAAUUUUCAUAGAUAAGUAAGCAACUUUAUGUUGGCCCAAAUAAAGAUGGUGUCAUAAGCCUCGAGUGUUAGUUCUCCUGCUAUUCUGUAUGAAUUAGUCACUAAAUUAGCAACUACAGGGGACUUAUUUGUGGUCAUGAACUUCCAGGAUGGAAGAGUGACAAGUACUGUACAAGGGCACUGAGUCACUGCGGAUAGGUACUACUUACUUUCAAGAGCAGGAUCACUUUUAUAUGUACUAAGGCUUUCUGGGAUGAUAGUAAGGGAUAUUAGAUUAUACACUAUGCUUUAGUAUUUAUUAUCAGUAUUUUCCUUUAGGAAAUGGGCUGCUUUGAUAUUUAACACCAGAAACCCAUGAAUGAGAGAAGUCACAGAUGGUUUCUUCCAAGACAACUGGUGAUGAGCAAGGCCCUUGGUUUAACCCAAUUGGGUAGGAUUCCAUGUUGACAGCCUAGAAAGAACUGUUAACUGUAUUCUCUUUUUCGUUUGUUUUCUUAAAACUUCAAUCUUUCAGUACUUAAAAUUGGUUUGAAAAUAAAGUUCUGUGAUUGCA